AUGUCUUAUAAUAGACGAGCUUGCGUUUCUCAUCAAAAAAAUUUAGACAUUUUUCACAAUGUCAAGAAACACACCCCGCUAUUGAACAAUGACAUUAACAACAACAAACAGUCUCAUGCAAACCGCACUUAUUUCCGAUGGUGGAAGGAGACCACAAAACAUGUUUACUCAAACCGUCUAGGAAUUUCCUAUGAUGUCUCUUAUUUAGCAAAUGGAUACAAAUCUUUUCACUUAUACAAGGACCGUCGUAUGUACCGUAAACGAUUGAAUAAUUUCUGUUCACAUCACUCCGACAGUAGUAAAAGGAGUAAAAAACAAAAAUCCCGCUUUCAGCGGGCAUGUAAAUCUGUUUUCUACAAUCGUGGUAAUAACAAGAAAUCACAGAAACGCGUGGAUACUCUUGAAGAAAAACUUCGCCGUGCUAAACAACACAGAUUUUUAUUUUUACCUUCACAACAUAUUAAUAAACCUAUACAACAUUUGAAAUAUCACAAGAAAGUAGUGCUCAGAGAUGAGAAACAUUACAAUUUUUAUAUACCUCCAGAAACCAUCGCACCUCGUGGUGCUGUAGCUUGCUUAUUAAUCGCUCUCAAGCCGCCCCUUCGACUUUAUCCAGGGAAUGAUUCAAUUAGCACGUCAAAUACUAGCUCGCCUGCCAUACCCUCACAACCCGUUCUCGUCAAAGAUGAGAAAACUUGGCAUGAUAAGUUGGGCAUUUGGAUUUCUAACGAUCUCCUCCCUUACGUAAAUGACGAACCUGUUUAUUAUUCUAAAAGACAGGCAAAACUCAAAGGUCGACAACAUGAACCAGGCAGUGGGUACUGGUUAGAUGGUAUUAAAAAACGUAAAGAAGCUCACGAACUAGCUUUGCAACAACAAAAAGAUCGAGAGGCAUGGGAAACCGCACGCCUUGCUUUCGAAAAAGAACUUUCUGCCAGAGCUCAGCUCUGGGGUACCUCCUCCAACCGUAUAGAAUAUCGUGAAGAUAUGACGAAAGAUCUCACCAAUUUUCAAGAACAUUAUCACAAGAAAAUCACGCCUCUAAUUGAGCGUCGUUCUGUCCUAGAGAACAGAAUUAAACAAGGAAAAAAUGUCUACAAAUCUAAUAAACAACUACUCCAAUUAGAACAGGAACUAGGUUUUUUCAAGAUCGAUUAUUUUUCUGUCAUAGACGACAAUGCACCCCUUUAUCGCUACAAAGGACACACAUCCGACGAUACAAAGCAACUCGAGCUCAGGCCACAUAAACGUCCUCCUACCUCAACUACAAAUACCGAUAGGCCUGUCAUUCACAUCAAGAAACUGAGACUAGAUACUCUGUCUCCAGAAGACUUUAAAGUCUUCGAUUUAUCUUAA